AUACAGGGAAAUUAGUGGUGUACAGGAAUUGUUCUGGAUGAUAGUACAGCACAAUGGGCGUGUUCUGAUUUUGUAUAAAAUCCACUAAUUUCCAGUUCAUUAGAAGGACAAUUGUUGAGUGAGACUUACUUGAGGUAAAGUGAAUGCAUGCAAUGUUCACUUGUUCGAUUGACGUUUCAGGGGCGUGCCACAUGUGACAGCUAUUGAUCCUGUGUGUGAAACACACUCUCACAGGGAACUUACACAGCAGCCUGCUAACAGCAAUAGCAGCAGUGUCGAUUAAGAGGAGGAGAUGAAUAUCUAACGUGUUGGGGUUUGGCUUUUCUUUCAAGUGCUGGAUUUAGCCCAAGGAUAAUUAUGUUCCAUGAAAAUGAAAAUAAAGUUCCCAGCCGGUGUUCUGAUGGACCUUCAGGCUGGCACAUGUUUGCCCCUUCUGUCAGAAUGAAGAAGCCCAGCUCACAUGUCAGACAUCCACACUGGUUGUACAUACAGCUGCUGGUCGUCAUAUUGGCAGGUCAGGCUUCCUGUAAUCAGACCUCUGCUGCUCCUUCCCUUUUUUCUGCUACAACAAAUGCACCAACUUCAGUAUACUACUUUGUUCAUGUCACUGUGGAUGUCAAUGGAAAGGAGAAGAACGCAUCAGAAAUUAAGGCCUGGCUUGUCCAGGUGUUCCAAAACAACCUGGAGAGCUGCCUGUCUCCAAACCGUGAAGAAACAACUGCCCUACCUACCUCUCCACAAACUACAUCUGCAAGCACAUAUGAGACGACACUCAACACGACAGCAGCAACAUCACAAAGCAACAUCACAACUACAGCUGAAACAUCAACAACGUUACUAACCAACAACACAACUACAGCUGACACGUCAACAGCGUUACUAAGCAACAACACAACUACAGCUGCAACGUCAACAGCGUUACUUAGCAACACCACAACUACAGCUGCAACGUCAACAGCGUUACUAAGCAACAACACAACUACAGCUGCAACAUCAACAGCAUUACAAAGCAACAACACAACUACAGCUGACACGUCAACAGCGUUACUAAGCAACAACACAACUACAGCUGCAACAUCAACAGCGUUACUUAGCAACAACACAACUACAGCUGCAACGUCAACAGCGUUACUAAGCAACAACACAACUACAGCUGCAACAUCAACAGCAUUACAAAGCAACAACACAACUACAGCUGACACGUCAACAGCGUUACUAAGCAACAACACAACUACAGCUGCAACAUCAACAGCGUUACUAAGUAACAACACAACUACAGCUGCAAUAUCAACAGCGUUACUAAGUAACAACACAACUGCAGCUGCAACGUUAACAACGUUAAAACCCAUCAGCACAACUGCAGCUGCAACAUCAACAGCGUUACUAAGUAACAACACAACUGCAGCUGCAACCUUAACUACGUUAAAACCUGUCAGCACAACUGCAGCUGCAACCUUAACAACAUUAAAAUCCGUCAGCACAACUGCAGCUGCAACCUUAACAACGUUAAAACCCAUCAGCACAACUGCAGCUGCAACCUUAACAACGUUAAAACCCAUCAGCACAAGUGCAGCUGCAACCUUAACAACGUUAAAACCCAUCAGCACAACUGCAGCUGCAACCUUAACAACGUUAAAACCCAUCAGCACAAGUGCAGCUGCAACCUUAACAACGUUAAAACCCAUCAGCACAAGUGCAGCUGCAACCUUAACAACGUUAAAACCCGUCAGCACAAGUGCAGCUGCAACCUUAACAACGUUAAAACCCAUCAGCACAACUGCAGCUGCAACAAAUCAGUUAACCACAGUGGCUCCAACAACAACCUCUUUGCCCAAUUCCAGUGUGACCGCAAAGGUGCCCGGCAGUGGAGGAAAGGACAAUCCUAACCCAAAUUCCAAUUCAAUCAAGCGAGUAGCUCGUGAGAUUCUUGUUGCUGUGCCACAAACCAGUGGGGUUACCAGUGACAACACAACUGGCUUAUUUCAAGGAAUUGAGGUGACCUGCGCCAUGGAGACCGCAAUAAGAAACACCAACUGUACCCUGAUGCUGAAGCUGAAGCAGAGCAUACCUCCAUGCUGUAUCCUCCGCACGCUCUGUGCGGCCAACAAAACAUCCUCUAACAUCACUGUGGUGGGGAAAAAAGCAGACAGGACGAGUGAGCUGCAAAAUGAGUGCAAUAGCAAUCCACCGGAAGAAAACAGUUGCAUUUAUACUGGUCAAACUGGUGCAGCAUGUGAAGAGUCUGGGCCUGUAUAUAAGGUUGUUCAACACAACUCAACCCAAUGUGAAGAUAAGGAGAACGACAGCUGCAGCUGCUCUGCUUACUGCAAAAGAACUGAUGCAUACUAUACUUUCAAUGUAUUAUUAAAUGAUCCCACAAUGGAGGAUUUAAAUAUCUCGACCCUGAUUAAUAAUUUAACACAUCCACCAGCAUGCUCUUCGAAUGUUUCAUGUCCAUUGUCCAUCAUUGCAUCUGAAUACAAGGAUGCCAUUGUGAUCUGUGGAAGCCUACCAAUAAAUUGCAAAGUUAUUUUAAACUUUGCCCACAUGGUUCCUAUCUGCCCUCUGGCAGCGGCUGUGAUGAAUGUCAUUCAGUCGGAGGAACAAAUCACUUACAACGGAUUGGUGACUCGAGCAGCAAUUUGUGGAAAUUACAGCGACAAUCCACUAAAUUCCCAGCUAACAUAUGUUAAAGUCAACCUAAAGCCUGCUAACUUUUGUAUGACAAUUGAAGACUCUGACAUCCUUAAUUGCCAAAAUGGACAAAAUGUGCUUGUGCUGCUGGAAGAGGAGUGUGUUCCACAGCCGUUUAUCACACCCAGCCCACAUGUGACAACUGCACAACCUAACACCACCACCUCGUCUGUAAAUGUAACAUCAUCCCCACUGAACACAACUGCUGAAGCCCUGAAUGCUACCACCACUGCUCCUAAUGUCACAGCAACACUCAACACAACAACUAUAGCCCCAAAUGCGACAACCAUUGCUCCCAAUGUCACAGCAACACUCAACACAACAACUAUAGCCCCGAAUGCGACAACCACUGCUCCCAAUGUCACAGCGACACUCAACACAACAACUAUAGCCCCGAAUGCGACAACCACUGCUCCCAAUGUCACAGCGACACUCAACACAACAACUAUAGCCCCGAAUGCGACAACCACUGCUCCCAAUGUCACAGCGACACUCAACACAACAACUAUAGCCCCAAAUGCCACAACCACUGCUCCCAAUGUCACAGCGACACUCAACACAGCUACAACCACCACGAAUGUCUCUGUGACCCCAUCAGAGAUCCCAACAACCACAGAAUCAGCUGACAGCCAAGCCAAUGCACUGCUUGAGAUGACCAGGGAUGUGUCCAUGCUGAACUCCAGCCAGGUGGAUCAGCUGGUGUCUCAGCUGGAGAAUCUUUUAUCAGGCCCGAACGUCAGCCUGGCGCUGGGAAACACCUCUGUCCACAUCGUCAGCAAUCUGCUGGGUGCUUCUCCUGAGACGCUGUCCGACUCCUCCAACAGGAUUAUAGGGAUUGUUGACACAGUGGCAUUAAAGCUUGUCCUUGACGACCAGCCUGAGACCCUCUUGUCCCCGGCUGUUGCUGUGUCUGUGAAACCAGCAGAUGGCACCAACUUCCAGGAAACCUUUUUUUCCAUCUCAGACCCCAAUAAUGUACAGGUCCGUGGGGUUCCCAGGCUCAGAAGGAGUGUGAGAGCAGACUCCUCCAUCCCACAGGGCUCCAUCAGGCUGCCCCCAUCUCUCACACAGGACCUAACCUCCGAGCAACAGCAGCUGGCCUCCAGAGUCCAGUUCAAUUUCUACCAGGAGAGCACAGUGUUCCAGGAUAAAUCUUUGGGAGAACGCAAACUUAAUAGUGGGAUCCUGGGAGCGAGUGUGGCCAACCUGUCAAUCAAAGGACUGCAGGACGAUGUUGUAAUUCACCUGAGGAACACAGCACCCGUUCCGGGUAACUUUGUGGCUCAAUGUGUUUUUUGGGACUUUACAUUCAAUGACGGAUCAGGUGGUUGGAAUUCAAAUGGCUGUUCUGUCCGAAACAGCACAGACAAUGAGACAAUUUGUGGCUGCAACCAUUUAACCAGCUUUGCUAUCCUGCUGGACCUCUCCAGAGAGCCUUUAACCAGUCGUCUCCAGGCCACCAUCCUUACCUUCAUCACGUAUAUUGGCUGUGGAAUAUCUGCCAUUUUCCUGUCUAUCACGCUCCUCACCUACUUGGCCUUUGGGAAGUUGCGUAAGGACAUUCCAUCCAAAAUCCUAAUCCAGCUGUGUACGGCACUGCUGUUGCUGAACCUGGUCUUCUUGGUGGAUGCGUGGCUGGCGCUCUACCCGGACGCCGUGGGCCUCUGCAUCUCCACUGCCUGGUUCCUUCACUACUUCCUGCUUGUUACCUUCACCUGGAUGGGACUUGAGGCUGUCCACAUGUACCUGGCCCUUGUGAAAGUCUUCAAUAGCUACAUAUCACACUACAUGCUCAAGUUCUCUCUGGUCGGCUGGGGGGUCCCAAUGAUUGUGGUCAUUAUUGUCAUUGCGAUUGACAAGGAUAACUACGGCCUUGUCUCCUAUGGGAAGUUUCCUGAUGGCACUAGUGAUGACUUCUGCUGGCUGAAAAAUGACAUCGCCUUCUAUGUGGCAGUGGUGGCCUAUUUCUGUGUCAUUUUUCUCUUCAACCUUGUCAUGUUUACUGUGGUGUUGGUGCAGCUGUGUCGGAUAAAGAGGCAGAACCCUCACAAUUCGAGUCACCGCACCACAAUGCAGGAUGCGCGCAGUGUGGUGGGGAUAACCAUCCUCCUGGGCCUCACUUGGGGCUUUGCCUUUUUUGCCUGGGGGCCCGUUAACCUGCCAUUCAUGUACCUCUUUGCCAUCUUUAACUCCUUGCAAGGUUUCUUUAUAUUUGUGUUCCACUGUGCGGUAAAGGAAAAUGUGAGAAAGCAGUGGAGGACCUACCUGUGCUGUGGCAGAAUGAGACUAGCAGAAAACUCAGAAUGGAGUCGCACUGCAACACAGAAGACUGUGAAGAAGUCAUCAGUGACCAGAGUAACAUCUCUUCAUUCCUCCAACUCCUCCACGUCCAACAAUUCAUCCAACUCCUCUACUUUCCUCGUCAGCGACUCUUCAGAGCUUAACGGCAUUGGUAGCCCAUUUGAAGACAGAACAAUCACAGCUGAUGAAGACCCCAGUAUGGAUGUGAUCCUCAACGAGCUCAACAGCCAGCACAGAAACCGAUGAGCGCCCUGAUCCAAGAAGGACAGAACAGACUGUUUAGUGGAUCUGACUUGUAUAUAAUGUACAUUAAUAGAGAAUAAUUUAUGUACUGUAUAUCUGCAUGUCACAUGUAUUAUAUGACUUUUAAUGGGGCAAUGGAAGGCCCACAUUAUACAUGGCACUUGAUUUUUACACACUUAUGUUUAUACUUUUUUUAAUUUUACAAUCUUUAUUCCUUUGUACAGUGAUUUAUAUUCUGAUGCUGACUCAACAGACUGGUACCAGUCCAGUCCAACAUGUUAGAUUCAAUAUUGAGAAACUUCACAGACUCAGUGACCUUUAACGCCUGUAUGCUGCAGAUAAAUCCUACAUUUCUAAUAAGAAAGCUCUGUGUUGACAUUUUAUAAUGCUUGAAUAGCCUAUAUUAGUCAAAUAAAUGGGUUAACACGAAGUAGAGCUGUACAUUUACAGAUUUUGACUGUAAAUUAUAUCAAAUAAAAAAGAAUUACACUCACA